AUGGCAACUUGUAAACAAACAGCAUACGAGUUAAUACAGGAUGUGUUUUCACCGUGUGUUGCAGUUUUGUGCAGUAAUGAUGUGGAGCAAAUUUGUGCAAAAAAUAAUUUGACGUUUGUUGAAAUGGUUCAACCUUUUUGUAGGCUCAAUACGGAAGUCACCAUACGAGACCCCAGCAACAUGCCCAGCACCAUAAAGAACUUCCGGGUGACCAUGAAAGAUCUGCGGUCCCAGCCCCACACCCUCUCUGUGGGCAAGAAGAUGAUGUAUGACGCUGUUGCGUCCAACGUCCCUUCCUCCCCUGACGGAAUCCUGAUGAACACUUUAAGCACUGAAAAUUAUCACCUCAAAUACUGCUCCUCAACUCCAUGGUUUGAAGCUUAUAGGGAAGUGUUUUUCCAAGUUACAUCUCCCACAGAACACGAAUUUGUACAUAAUUAUCUUUCAUGUGUGUUUGUUGUGUCUUCUUCUCACCAAGAUCCCCUGAGCCAGAUUAACGAGCUCUCUCAGCAGUUAGUACAGCACCAGCAGAACAGCCUCCACAACUCCAAGUGGUUUUUCUCAUUCAUCUUCACUUACUACCUUCUUUUACAUGAUGUGUCAUCCGAAGAUCUGGGGAAAGCUGAAGCAGUGUAUCAAAGCAUGAAAAGUUCAUAUGGUUCCUCAUCUUGCCACCUAUUGCAGAUAAAUUCUGCCACUCCAUCUGCUCAGAAUGCCAACAGUUCUGAUGAUAAUAAUGCUACCAUUAUGCCGGAUCCCUGGAGCCAGUUCCUCUUAAAGUUUAAUGUACAAAAUGAUGUUAUUCCGAGUCAUAUAGAAGAAAAUCAUAAUGAAAUUUUGAAUGUUGGUGAAAAAACAGUAAAUUCCAUGGCUGACGGCAUUAAAGCAACAGAGUCAAUUCAUCAUCCUCUGCUGUAUAACUCAGACAGUGGUCCUGGUUCUUCGGAAUCCGUGAUUGGUGGUGUUGCUGAUGAUGUUGAUUCAAUAUCUGGGUAUGUAAAUAAAUUUCAUAAAAACAGCUCCAAGCUUAAAAGGCACGGACUUUGCCUCACACUCAGUGAUAUGGAUCGCAUCAAGUGUUUUGUCCAAGAGUUCUGUAUCCAGGGUCUCAUUCCAUUCAUUGAAAAGCAAGUUCGCUCCUUAAAUGAACAGGUAGCUAAUCGCAAAGGUAUACACCGAACGAUCUUUGGUGUGACGAAAAAGUUCUUUGGAAAUAAGCAACCUGGUAGCCAAAAUCCUGCAUCUUCAUUAAAUUCAGUUGUAUAUGGUCCCGAUGCUCCCGAACUGCAGGUGCGAAAGUUGGGAGACUUGGCUUUCAUGUUUCAGAUGUACGAAGUGGCUUACCAAGCAUAUCACAAUGCUAAGCGAGAUUUCAGUGCAGACCAAGCUUGGCUUCAUUUUGCUGGUGCUUCGGAGAUGGCUGCUUUGUCUGUAUUUAUGCAAAAUAGCUCACUUCACGAGUAUCCUGCGCGUUAUAUUGAAAGUGCCAUUACUACAUAUCUACACACAUGCAAGCUCCCAGAACUGGCCACCCGAGCCACAUUCCUGAGCACCGAGUGCCUGAAAGCAAAGGGUCUGUAUCGGGAUGCUGCGACGCAGUUCAUACGCAUGCCCAGUGAGGCUGAUCUCCCCAGCGCCCUCUGUCUGGAGCAAGCUGCAUACUGCUACAUCAACUGCAAACCCUCAAAGGUCAGGAAAUAUGCAUUCCACAUCAUCUUGGCCGGUCAUCGCUUCAGCAAGGCCGGUCAGAGGAAACAUGCCCUCAGGUCUUACAAGCAGGCAGAACAAGUUUACAGUUCAGUUGGUUGGAACUUUGCCAACAAUCAUAUAAACUUCACCAUAGGACGUCUGUCAGUGCAGCUAGAACAGCUAGAGAGUGCGUGUACGGCGUUUGAACCACUUUUAGUGUCAAAGUGUCAGUUACCAGCAGCUGAGCAAGCUAAUUACCUCAGGGAAUACCUGUUUGUGUUGAAAAGACUGAUUGGCAAGAAGAGUGAUAGCAAACUUCCUACUUUACCGGUGCCAUUAAUAAAUGCUGAUGCUACUAAAAUCCUUUUAUCCGAAGACUCAGUCAAUGAUGAAAAUGGUGCUUAUUGCGUAACCGGACGAGGCUUUGACCGUGGGGAUUUGAAUAACAAUGUUUGGAUGAAAUUGGAAGAAAUCAUCGCUUCACAUGCUCUUAAUAAUCCUGUGUAUACUACCCAGCUGCAGUGUUUUACAAAUAGGACAAGCAAUGUUUCCAGGCCUAAUGCUAUUGUUGAUGAGGUCAUAAGCAUAGAAAUGAGCAUAAAAAAUCCCCUCUCUGUCAAUCUGGUCAUUGAAGAUGUCUAUCCACUCUGGACUUUCAGCCAACAGUCAGAAGGGAAUGAAGAAGCUGUUAUUUUGAGCAAUGAAAUUGAGACUGAAAAAGUUAAUCUGCAUGAAGCUAUUGUUAAAACUACAAUUCUGUCAAAAGUUUCAUUUGAACCUCAUGAAGAAAAGAAAAUCCAUCUGUUGCUUGUGCCCCAACAAGUUGGUAGCUUAUCUAUAAAAGGCCUUGCAUACAGUCUCUUAGCUCACAAGUCUGUAGAUGAUACCACUGUGGAUUCUACGAGUGAGAAGCAAACAUCUGUUCUGUCUCUCUGUGGGAAGCAGUGCCUGAAUGUUAAGGGUCCCAGGCUUAACAAGUCCACCGAGGAACGUUCAACGCUAGCUUAUGCAGAAGACAACAGAUUAAAUAUAAAUGUGCUCAGCCCAAUGGCCAAAUUGCAGGUAAAAUUCAACACAUUUCCACAUAGUCUGUUUUGUGGCGAAAUUCAGAAAGUGACUGCCACAUUCACCAACGUUGGGAAGCAGAAGUUGCGGCGAAUCAUAGCGGCAUCCCCAACUCCUGGCAUCUUCGCCAUCGGCACUCCCGGAGAGACGGGUGAGCCCCACACAAUAUUCAAAGAAAGAUCUGCCAAGACUCAACCAAUCCCGAUGAUCGCAAGCUGGGAAUCUGAUUGGAUGACGGAGAUUUUGAUGCCUGGGGGAGAACCUUGUUCCUUACGGCCGAAGGAAUCCAUAGAUGUCCCCUUUUGGUUCAAGGGACCGGAAUUGCCCGGAGACCAUGAUUUAGACAUUUUAUUUUAUUAUGAAUCUGAACCAAGCAACCAUAAACUGAAGUACAGACUUUUACAACUUUCCAGUAUUCUAAUCACUUAUCCAUCUGUCAGCGUACAGUCAAAGGCAAUGAGAAGUUUUUGUUCCGAAGAUAAGUUAUCCAAUUUUCAUCCCGCUGCUAUACCAAGUAGUCUCUUAUUGUCUGUAGAGGUUGGCAACAUCAGCCAGGAUAUCAAUCAAAUCAGUCUAGCUCAAAUUUCCUGCAUUAGUAAAAAUUGGUGCUUUAUGCCUACUGAAGAUAAUUGUCGUAGAGGUUUAUCUGUGAUACAUCCCGAUGAAAUGCUUUUAUUAACAUUGAAAGCUAUUGGCUUUGACCCCAAAACCACAGUUUCUAGUCAAGAAGUAAGGGUAUUUUCUCACAUUCCUAUGGGAAGAGUUGAAGUUGAUAGCAGUUCCACUCCAUGUUCAGAUUUCAGCCAAAAAUCUGGUCUGGACCUGGGGGCUCUGUUAUAUGCUGAUAAUUCCAAGGGUGCUCUUUCAGUCAGAGAUUGCAAUAAAAAACUCAAAACAGAGACUGACUUUAUACUUCUUUUAGUGCUUAUCUGGAAGGCAAAAGUCUCGAGGAAUGGUAAAGACGUUAUCAUUACUGGUCAGCAUCAUGUACCAAUCCAAAAUCUAGUGCCAUCUUCAGUGCCAGUCAAGUCCCCUUCUCAGGUGGCUGACAUCGCAUUGCAACCACCGGAGACAGAAGUAGAACAACUUCAACAGAACCAUGUGCCUUCUGAACUGAUGAUAACAUCAAUGUUGCAGUGUUCGUUGAAUCAUCCUUUUAGUGUACAGCAUAAUUUUACAGUCAAAAAGACAGUUAUAGUUCCUGUUGACUUUAUUAUUCGUAGCACAAGUGAUGUUGAAAUAUCUGUAGUCUUAGAUAAUGCAUCUCAGCAUGAUAGAACCAUAAAUAGUACGGUUCCAGACGGAGGCUUCGGCAAGAUGUCUCGCGGGUUCUCUUGGGUCUCUGGCAGCAGGAGAGAGGUGGCAGUGAAGCCCCACGCCACCAUCCACCUCCCCCUGAGGGCGAUGUUCUGUGCCCCCGGAACCUACAACUUAAACAGUCUGAACUUACUCGUCAAAUUCGGGGAGAGUGCGCAGUGCUUCUACACCCUGCCUGCCUAUUUAAUAAUCAUCAAUCCAUGUGAUACCACGUAGCGAACGAUUAUGUCUAGAACUCGUUUGAACCUUAAGUUCCGUUUGCCGGACUCGCGAGUCCUAGUCUGGCUUCACUUGGUCCGAUUCGCUUGACUUUGCAUGAAUUGCCUUGUUCACUUGGUAAUUUCAUUGGUAAAUCUGGUUUAUUUUUAGAAUUUUCCACAGUAACAGUAACAAUAUUUCAUGGAGUAAAGAAAUUUAAGUUGAUAAACUAGGUCUAUGUUAAAAAGGACAGGAAAUUGAAGCUGGAAUUAUGGGAUAUAUCAGUGCAAAAAUGGGUGGGGUUAUGAUAAUGUGGUCGCUUUGCAAGAAGAAUGGUUAGCUACAAUCUCGCGAAGGGACCGAAUGAAGUAGCUGGUGGAUUGGUUUGCAUUUUAAUUUAUAUUUCAAUGCAAUUUCAGAAACAUGCUUCAUAAACUUGCAAAAAUAUCUAAGUUUAAAUUAACUGCCAAUUGAGAUUCAGUAAUGCAAUGUUUUGAAUCAAAAAUUAUCCCAAGAUCUUUAGCAAGAAGCUAAGGAUCUUAGGAUACAUCAGUGCUACUUCCGGCUUCAAUUUCCUAGUAUAACGUGUCCUCUAUAUUACUCUUUGCAAUAUUCAAUAUUUUUUCAUUCAACAAACGAUGUAUCUUAUGGCCUACAUCCAUUACCGAGUCAAAUUAUUAAUCAAAUAGUGUUUUUGGGAGUCUUUCAAAUUGAAUUGUCAUAUAUGGUAGUCGAGUCCAAGUUCUUCAUAAGGAUCAUGCAAUGAAACAAGGAUCUAACAUAAAUACCUUUGUGCUGAACCAUAAAGUAAGAAAAAAAACGUUAAAAAAAAGCACAAAUUUGCCAAUUACAGCAGACACGUGUUUCGGCGUUACAGGGAAGGCC